UGAUUGGCUGAAGCGGGCGGUGCGGGCAGAUUGAAAUUUUGUGUGGUGUAGCAUAUGAAACUACAAUUGAGAGGAUUUCAUACAUUUAAUAUUUGUCAUAUAUAUAGAUGGCUCACGUAGAAGACGAUAGUCGAUGGGACUAUGAUUGUCCUCAGUACAUUGAUUUUACAGUCCCAUUGCAGUUUAAUGACGGUGCAGACAAACUGUUUGAGCAAGGACUUAUUGGAGAAGGUCCAAGUGUUACUUCACAGCAUGCUACGUUGGUGUGUGAGGCAACUAGCCAUCCUCAAAAUAAGGCAGAAAAUCAUUCACCAGAGAAACAAGUUCAUUUGGUUGAGGAAACUCACAGAGAAGAGCCUCUAGAAGUACCCAAAAAUUCAUCAAACAGCUCAGAUGCAAAGUCCCUGGAGAAAGGAAAGGAACGGAAGCCAAGCAAUUUGAUCUGCUCUCUGGAGGAGUGGAGGCAUCCUGGAAAACAUGCAUCAUCAGGACCAGAUGAAUCAAGUGAUAAAAAGAAGCCUCGUAGGAGUGCUGAAAAAACUAUGCAAGAAAUUGCAAAGAUGGCACCCAAGAUGGGACUGCAACGAACUUGGUCUCUUAGACUCCAGAAGAGUAGCUCUGCAUCUUUACUUCCCGAUGUCAAGACAAGUGAACAAACAACCUCAGCAGCUGAGUCUAAACCCCCACGAAAUCCUGUGAGAGGUUUGUCUGCAAGGCGAUUGCGCAGCAACUCCAUAACACAACUUAAAAAGGAAAGUGAGGCACCUAAGAUGCAGAAGAUGCCUCAACGUGAAUUGUUGUCAGGGCCACAGUGUUUAAAAAUGCCAGCAGAGGGUUCUGGCUCAUCAAAAGUGAAAACAACAGAAGAGCUGGAAUUGGAGCACAUUAAGCAAAUGAAAAAGGAACUUAAGCACAAGCUACGGCUGGCCCAAGAAUCCUAUAAGAAGGCAAUGACAGGAGCACCCUGUGCAGUGCGGCCUGCCCAUUCUUCGAGGGAUCUAACUGUGCCCCAGGAGUUUCAUUUUCAUACUGAUGCUCGGCUCAAGUCACAAUCUAAUGAGGAGAAAAAUGCUACAGAGGAAAAGACAGCUGCAGACUUUGUCAAGUCUCUUCGGUCUCAUACCCUUGUGUCAUCUGAGUCAUCAACAGGACCAAAGAUGUGCACCCUUCCCCAACCAUUCCACUUGUCUGAAAAGAAAGCAAAGCAAGAAAAGCCUGCAACUGUCACAAAGUUUGAAUCUACAGCAGAGAAGAUUACAGCAUUUCACAAGCGCACACCAGAAAGAUUCCAUGUUCGUCCACGAAAGAAAGCAAAGGUGAAGCGUGCUCGAUCAAAUUCCCCAGCAAAGCUGACUGUUCCCCGCACACCCAACUUGCAGUGCGGCCGUCAUCGUCCCAUUCAUGUUCUUUCUCAAAAGGAGCUUGAAGAUCUGGAGAUUGAGGAGAUGAAAAAAAAUCAGUUCAAGGCACGGCCAGUCAAUGAAAAGAUUCUGAGCAAUCCUCAUUGUGGUGUGAAAAAAGUACCCAGCAAACCUCCCACUGAGCCCGAGGAGUUUGCCUUAUCUUGCAACCUGCGUGGCAGAAAUGAGACCAAACACGAGGAGGAGGAGGACAACCACUAUGAAUUCCAUGCUAAGCCUUUAAAUAAGAAGAUUUUGGAGGGGCCUGUGGGCAUAAAGCCUGUACAGCCAACUUUGCCAACAGUUCCAAAGUCGCCAGCAUUUGCUCUCAAGAACAGAAUUCGGUUGCCUUUGGAGCUUCCUGAAGAGAAUCCUGAACCAUAUCAGAGUGUAAAGAUGAAGCCAGUGCCACACAUAGGAAUCCCAUUUCAGCCCAAGCUGGUGCACCAGCAUACGAUUCCUGAACCUUUCACAGUCGAACUGCGUAGUAAGGCUAUGAUUGCUCAACGAGAAGAAAAAAUCAAACAGACCCUGGAAGAAGAAAAGCGGGCUCGAGAGUUCCAUGCCCAGCCUCUGCCAAGUUUGGAGCCUGGUGAACUUCCCCCCAAGAUGGCCCGUGAGCCUACCAAGCCAGAGCCUUUUAUGUUGGAGACUGAUGUACGAGGCUCCAAGUACACACAGGAGAUAGUGCAGAAGGUGGGCAGCUCAAAGUUGAAAGAUGAAGAGGAGCAGAAGAAAGCGAUGGUAUUCAAGGCUCAGCCCAACCUCAUCAUCUACAAAGAACCCUUCUUGCCAGCAAAGUCCACCAAGCCACUUACAGAAGUAUCUGAUUUUGAGCUGAACUCUGAACGGAGAGCAGCACAACGUGAAGACUUUGAACUGCGCAAAAAGGAGAGAGAAGCCGAGUUGGAGGGUCAGCGUCGACUUCGAGAACAGCGACAGAAGGAAGAAGAAGAGGCUGCUAUAGCUAAACUACGAGCAGAAAUGGUCCACCACCCUAAUCCCAUCCGCCGAUAUGCACCUGUUGUUGUCAAGCCAAGUGACAAACCACUCACAGAAGCUGAAUCUCCCCGGUUUUCUGAGCGUCUUCGAGCCAAAGUGCGUCUGUGAUGGGAGACGGCAACAACUUACUUUUUUUUUUGUGGCUUCAAUCUGGAAACUUCAUGGCCAGAGUUUUUCAAAUGUUUUACUGCCUGUGGUUUGUGUGCAUGUUGAUGAAAAACUAUUGUCAGCAUAUUGCAAUAUCAGUCAUUGAACUUCUAGAGAAAUUAAUGACAAAGUGGUUGGAUUACACCUUUACAAACUGUGAAGGCUCACUAUUUAACAGCAGUUUUGGAAGGUAACAAAAAGUUUUAGGAAGUGCUAGUAUUAUACCUUAUGGUGUGUAUUUGGAGUGUUGUAAUGUACUCAUAGGUAGAUGAAUAUUAAAUACUCUAGUGGUACUCUCAACAGUUGCUUAUGAAAUGUUUGUCUUGAGUUAGCACCUGUUUGCGUGCAUGUAUCUGCAAAUUUGUGAGUGAAAGCUAUGCAGGCACGGAGCAUUUUAUAUUAUGAAUUAUGUUUCUAUUAUGCUUGAAUUAGAGAUACAACGGACGUAACUGGGAUAAAACAAUGUAAAAUUCUGUUAAGCUGCUAAGGAAAAUGUGAACAGCUGCUUUAUACUGACUUACAGAAUUCACAAUUACAUACGUGUCAGGAGAACACUUAUAUAUGUGCUUGUUUCUAAGCUUUGCUUGGCAGCAAGUGUGAAAUGCACUUUGUUGUGCGCUUGAGACUAAUUGGUCUUAAAAGUGACCUUUAAAGGCUAAGUCAUGCCAUUUGCAGUUUAGAAAUGAGUGGACUUAGUUUAUGACAAGAUGCUAAUCCCCUAAAUCUGAGACAAUGAAUGACUAAUGAACAUUACAAUUCUCACGUGUGCUUUGGAAAGACUGUAUUUCCUACAUUACAAAAGAAGACUUACUUUUAAGGCAGCUUCUCAUUAUCAUAUGCUUGAACUUCUUGCACUGGCUGUAGCCUUCAAUAGUUUAAGACUACAGAAUAUAGAUAAAUCCACCUUUGCCUUUUCCCACACCCUAAGAAAAAUCACAUAUUUUUGUGACAAAUUAUGUUUUCCUGUUUCAGGUUGGUUUUAUGCUUGACUCUAAAUGGUUAUUUUAGUGGGAUUGUUGCAUUUUUCUGAACAGCAUGAGCGCACACACACACAGAGGUGGGAUCACUGGCUGGAAGCAGAAGCUGGCUUUGAUUUUCAGGUGCUGAAUAUAAUCAGGUCAUGAUUUCCGAUUUGCAGCGAUCUCAUAAUAAGUUGUAGAUGUGGAAUCAACAUUAAAGAAUUGUCUCCUUUAUGCAUACUUUAGAGAAUCAAGUGUUUUUGCUUUAGACAGCUUCAACUCGUUGCAUAUGAACCUGAUGCACAAGCUGUAAAAGGAAUUACAUUUAAGUAAUAUCUGAAAGCAAGUAAAAUUGUAUUUCUUGUAAAAUUAUAACUGAAUUUAUUUUUUAAUCUGAAACUUAUGAAUGUCAGACACACAUCUUACAUAUGAUCUUGUUAGUGUGCAUGCAUUGUUUGGUGUAAUUUGACUGAAAUAACAAAUGAAAUUGUGGGAUUGUUAAAGGUAACAUGAAUAAAUUCUUCAGAAAGCA